GGGUGGCCACGUGAUGCGUCCCUCCGCUUCCGUGUUGUCAUGACGCUAGUCUCGCGUGAUGAGACUUGCGGCGUCGGGAUUUUCUGUAAGACAGGAGGCCUGCAAUAAACAGUUUUGCGGGAGGCGUAAGUAGCGAUCCGGCGCUGCGGACUUUGUUAGGGAAAUUGUGUCUGUUGGGCGGAGUGAAAGCUGUGUCGUGGAAAGAACAUGCAGGAACCGUAGCGGCCACAUUCCCUUCCGAAGUCUGCAGCUCACUGACAGCAGGGGACUCCAUUAUCCAACAGCUCUCCAGCAAUCUGGAUUCUAGAGUCCAAAUUACCCAGAUAACUUGUUCCUUAUCAGAGAGUCUACUCACGAAGAGUCGCCAAGAUAGCUGGCCCAAGUAGAAAACGCCGAACCCCUGACCCAGAUUCCGUUACAGACCCCGGGGGCCCAUUUGUUUCUACAAAGCGGCAGAAGAUGUCACAUUCUGCCGAGGGCGCCAGUCAGAGAAGGGUGACACGGGGCAUGGCAGAUGCAAUUAAUAAGAAGAAACAGAAAGAUAAAGCCAACCAGGAAAGCAAAGAGGGCAAAGUGACCCCAAAUGCAGACCCCAAAAAAGACAUUGUAAUUGACUGGAAACAAAAUUCUGAAGAAGUCAUUGUGAAAUUAAAUGCUGGACCGAGAGCUUUCAGUGUGGAUCAACUGAAUGCUGAAUUCACAGAUACAGACUGUGUUAUCAGCUUUCCAGAAGGCCAACAAUGGAAAUGCCAAUUUCAUGAGGAAAUUGAAGGUUCUUGCAGUAAACUGCAGUAUAAAGAAAAAGGGAAUAUCUUGCAAAUCAUUCUGCAGAAGAAAAUUCCAUUUAACAAAUGGCCAACACUUCAGAAGAAGAAGAAAGAGUCGCUGAGAGAGCAAGUAAAAGCCGGAGCCCAUGCGGAAGAUGGAAAACCUAAAGUGGCUUUAAAGUUAUCACUACCUGACAAAUCCCAAUCAUCGGAGAGCACAGACAUACGAAAGGGUAAAGCCGACCUCAGGAGUGUGAAACGAGGACAAGAAACAACAGAGGCCAGCGGCGGAGUGAAGAGCAGCCUUACAAGGAAAUCUGUAUCUACUGCAGUGCACAGGGGAGUCCAGAUGAAAAGAGGCUUCAAUAAAUCUGCCUCUCCCGUCUCAGGAAGGGAUUCCAGUCCACAGAGUCACAAAGUCGAAAGCUCUGAAGACCUUUCCAGUUUUGCGGGUGGUAGAGGACUAAAUAGGCGGAAUGUUCGGAAUUCAACUUUGGCAGCACAGAAGUCUGGAGACAGCCACGUGGAGCUGCAGAAUGCACAAAGGGACCAGAAUAUCGGUUUAGGGAAGGAGAAAAUGCCUGUCCUGGAUCAACAGGUACUGCUCCAACAGGCAGAAGCAACUGUGCAGCCGGUAUGUUUACACACGAUGGAGAAGCAGAAUGCACCCGUUGACCUGAAUUCAGUUGCUGUGGCUUCAUGCAAAGAAUCGCUUGAGUCCACGUUAGAGCAAGCCCUGGACUGUCAGCAGGAGCUGUCGAAAAUGAAUCUGAACAUGGAAGUAAAGGAAGCUGUAGUCAAGCCUCUCUCGGAUAGCACAUCAUCAGACGCUACUGAGUUGCCUGGCCUUGCCGAAAAAGUGGAUUCCCUUAAUGAGGAUUGUCUAGAAGAUACACCAGAAGAGCCAGAACCGAUCGUGAAUCUGACCUUUGUGAAAAACGAUCACUAUGAGAAGGGAAACGAUGUGGUGGUCGUACACGUUUACGUGAAGGAGAUCUGCAAAGACACUUCUAGAGUGCUGUUCCGGGAACAAGAUUUCACACUCAUCUUCAAAACAAGCGAUCCAAAUUUCAUGCGACUUCAUCCGAACUGCACUCCAGAUACUGUGUUCCGGUGGCAAGUAAAACUCAGAAAUCUUAUUGAGCCAGAUUUGUGCCGUUACUGUUUCACCGGCGCUCGGGUUGAUAUCUCCCUGCAGAAGAAGCAAUGCCAGAGGUGGGGUGGCUUAGAGGCACCAGCCACACAAGGUCUGCAUCCAGAAUUCUACCUUUUGCUCAAAGAAAAAGGUGCAGUGGGUGGUGCCAAGGUUGCAAUGCCUGCUGGUCCACCUCCCCUUGAUAAAACUCAAACUGGAAGUAACCAGCAUUCUCUGUCCAACAAAGAGGAGGCCAGAGCAGUAGAGAAAGAGAAGCCAAGAGCAGAGGACACCAGCCUAGACAAGGUCACCUCCAGGACACCAGCUGAUCAUGUCUCUGUAAAAUCAGAGCAGCUGCUUGCUUCACCCAAGCCAACAUGCAUGGUUCCACCAAUGACACACAGUGCGGUGAGCAGUGAAAUUGUGCAAGAAGAAGAAGAAGAGAAAAGAGUUUGCCCACCAGGUUUUACUGGUCUGGUUAACCUGGGGAACACCUGCUUCAUGAACAGUGUUAUCCAAUCGCUGUCCAACACCCGGGAGCUGAGAGACUACUUUCAAGAUCGCUCUUUUGAAUCCGAGAUUAACUGCAAUAACCCCCUUGGAACUGGUGGCCGACUGGCAGUUAGCUUUGCUGUGCUUUUACGGGCCCUUUGGAAAGGAACGCAUCAUGCUUUUCAGCCAUCUAAGCUCAAGGCAAUAGUGGCCAGCAAGGCAAGUCAGUUCACAGGUUAUGCCCAGCAUGAUGCACAGGAGUUCAUGGCUUUUCUACUGGAUGGGCUUCAUGAAGAUCUCAACAGGAUUCAGAACAAGCCAUACACAGAGACAGUGGAUUCAGAUGGAAGGCCAGAUGAGGAGGUGGCAGAUGAGGCCUGGCUACGGCAUAAAAUGCGCAACGAUUCCUUUGUGGUGGAUUUGUUCCAGGGCCAGUACAAGUCUAAGCUGGUUUGUCCUGUCUGUGCAAAGGUGUCCAUCACAUUUGACCCAUUCCUGUAUCUCCCAGUUCCCUUGCCCCAGAAGCAGAAGGUUCUCACAGUGUAUUAUUUUGCCCGGGAGCCUCACAAGAAGCCUAUUAAGUUUUUGGUGAGCAUAAGCAAGGAGAACUCUAGUGCUGCUGAGGUCCUCGAGUCCAUCUCUAAGAGUGUGCGAGUGAAGGCUGAAAAUCUGCAGUUGGCAGAGGUGAUAAAAAACCGCUUUCAGCGUAUCUUCAGACCAUCAUGCUCUCUGGACUCUGUCUCCCCCAACGACCUGCUCUUGUGUUUCGAGGUUCUCUCUAAGGAACUUUCUAAGGAGCGUGUGGUUGUGUUUCAGGUCCAGCAGCGCCCCCAGGUGCCCAGUAUCUCCAUAACAAAAUGCGCUGCUUGCCAGAAGAAACAGGUGUCUGAAGAGGAAAAACUAAAGCGAUGUACAAGAUGUUAUCGAGUUGGAUAUUGCAACCAAGUCUGUCAGAAAUCACAUUGGCCUGAUCAUAAGACUGCCUGCCGACCAGAGAACAUUGGCUAUCCCUUCCUCAUCAGUGUCCCAGAGUCACGCCUGACAUAUUCCCGUCUGGCACAGCUACUAGAGGGUUAUGCAAGGUACUCUGUAAAUGUGUUCCAGCCUCCAUUUAUUCCGGGGAGGACUUCACCAGAUCAUGCACCUCAACCACUAAGCACAGAGAAGGCUGAUCUACCGUCUCAGUCAGAUCUUCCCCUUUUAGGGGAAUCCAGUGAGGAGGAGAAAGAUUUUCACUCUAUGCAGUCUUCUCAAACCACUCUGCCUCCUCUCACCUCACAGCCUGAGUCAGGAGACCCUGGUAUUGUGCAUGACAAAGCACCUGGUGAUCGGGUCUCUCUGUACAGUACAGAUUCUGGUUUUUCAGAACACAGCACAGAGACUGUUAGAGAGAUGGAUUCUGGAGGCGAGAAAGAAACCAUUUAUGAAAAAUCUGUCAAACCUGAAGCUGCCGUUGCCGGAUUUCAGCAGUCUGAAUCUGUGAAUGUGCAUGCUUCUCCUUUCUACAUCAAUGUAAUUGAUGCAAAUAACAAAGAGAUGAAGCUGGAAGAUAAAGGCGAGUCUCCUUUGGAGCUGACUGAAGACUGCUCCCUGGCACUUGUCUGGAAGAAUAAUGAGCGGGUUAAAGAAUUUGUUCUGGUAGAGUCCAAGGAACUGGAGUGUGAGGAGGAUCCUGGAUCUGCUAGUGAAGCAGCCAGAGCUGGACUAUUCACUUUGGAUCAGUGUCUUAACCUCUUCACCAAGCCAGAAGUCCUGGCACCGGAGGAAGCCUGGUACUGCCCCAAGUGUAACCAGCACAGAGAGGCAUCCAAGCAGCUGAUGCUCUGGCGGCUUCCUAACAUCUUAAUAAUCCAGCUGAAACGCUUCUCCUUCCGGACGUUUAUUUGGAGGGACAAAAUCAAUGAUAUGGUGGACUUUCCUGUCAGGAAUCUAGACUUGAGCACUUUCUGUAUCGGACAAAAGGAAGACCACCAGAGGCCUAUCUAUGACCUUUAUGCAGUGAUUAAUCAUUAUGGAGGAAUGAUUGGUGGACACUACACUGCAUAUGCCAGGCUACCCAAUGAGAAGAACAGCCAGCGGAGUGACGUGGGCUGGAGACUGUUUGAUGACAGCACAGUGACUACAGUGGAUGAGAGCCAAGUGGUGACGAGAUACGCUUAUGUGCUUUUCUACCGGCGAAGGGAUUCCCCAGUGGAGAGGCCGAUGCGAGGGCACCCAGCAGACAGACGUGUGGAUACAGGGGCAUCAGCAGAAGGGGGAGCGAGCCAGGCAUCACUCAUCUGGCAGGAACUUGAGGCAGAAGAAGACGAGCUUCACCGGCGUCUGGACCUCUCCCGGAGCUGCAGGCCGCCCUCCAAGCCCCAAGAGACAGAUCUGCAACUCUCCGAGUUCUCUGAUGAAGGAGUGAGCCAGAUGGCUUACGGGCCCAGUACCAACACUCAGGAUAACUCGGCCGUGGCCUCAGAAACGGACGCCGACCUGUUCCCACACGCGGCGGAUCCUGCGCCUUCGUCUUACAGUAACAUGGAGGACGUGGAUUAGGAAAACCUUUUGUGUUGUAUGUGGAGCUGUGAGCUGGGGAAGGCUGUAUAUACCGCCGCUGUUUCAACAGUUUCGUUGGAUAUUUUUAUGUUUGUCCUUUUUUUUCCCCCUCCUGCCCCCAGGGUCACAUCUCCAGUGACAUUAACAACAGUUUGUAACCCCCUGCAGCGGCCAUGAUGCCCACAAUGCAGUGCAGGACAAUGAACUACUGCUAAGGAAUAUGCACCCGUGCACCUUGUUUAUCUUUUUUGUGUUUGCUCCCCAUCACCCACUCGGCUUCAAACUGACUUUCCUGCCACGUGUGCAGCUUCUGACAUUGGAAACCUACUUUCGCAAGGGACAGGUCCCUCCAUCUUGGUGCAUUUCACUUUAUCAAACCACUGCCUGUAGCACGUGCUUUUUUGGGGGGAGGGGAUCUUUUGUUUUUGGCAUUGUAAAUUCAGUGCAUUUCAAGCCAUAAUAAAGAGCCGUGGAGAAACUCUCUCCAUACAACAAGCACAGAACAGUAGGAAACCCAAUCAGUCCUUUUUUAACGCUGUUAAGAAUCUGUGUCAAAAGCCUAAAGACACUUUGAACAAUAAUUUUACGCUAUUGACAGAACCCACUUUACUUGGGACGGCCUUUUGUUUUAGAGCCAACUCGCUUAAAGGAGAAGGCUUUAAGCUAUAACACUAUAUUCUGCAAAUGUUUUACCAUACCUAGUGUAAACAACUUUAGAAGCUCUCUCUGUUUGUUUAGGAUUGCAGCUCAUGGGCUCAAUUUACAGCAGGCAGGGGGAGAGGGAGACAGGAGCAAACUGAGCAUGCUCAAGCCCUAGCCCUGGAGGUUUAAACUGGAAACAGGAAGUCUGAUACAGAAGCCCAUGAGUGCACAAUAGAAGGAAAGAAAUGUUGUGUUUCUUUUGACAGAGGAUUCAGAGCACCAUUACUUUGAGGGUUUACUGGUGUAUUUAUAUAGACCUUUCUGAUAAAGCUUACUUAGUUUUAGCCUUUCCUUCUCCUUUAAAUGGUUUUGUUAAAAGACAAGGUGCUUCUAUAAUGAGGGAUCUUUUUUUCCUGUUAAGAUAUUUUGCCCUUUCCUCGAGGGAAGUAAAGUCUCCGUGUAUAUUUUGUCUUUGCAUGCCCCAAGAAGCAGUCGCUCAUUGUAAAUCACAGCAGAAGAUUUAUCAGUUCCCACUGCGCCCCAUGAACCCCAUCACAGGGGAGUCCAGAUGUGCAUUGUGGCAAAGGCAGGUAAGCGGUUAAUUAGAGGAUCUGUUAACAGACUCCCACAUAGGAGCAACAGCAUAAUUGAGCUUCAAUUUAAUUUUCUACGGUGUGGCUUUGCUCUACAUUUCCAGACUUAAACUGAAUACAUAACGGUUAAAAAGAUGGCGUCCAAAUGGCCCAACUUCUCCCCAUUUCUUCCAGUGUGAAACUUGAGGAUCUGUUGGCAUGAGUGAUGCUCAUAAUCUGUGCGGGAAAUGCACCCCUGCAACUGACAGACAGGGGGAGCCCUAUUUUUUGCUUGGGAGAUGGCGCAUGGCAAAUGCCGUAAAAUGUUGUGCCUGCUGGUGAUGCACUUGGAAGUGGAGAGAUGUCUACAGAUGUCAUUAGUCAGAUUAUAUGGGGGGCAGAGGUGAGGCCCAUGUUAAAGAAUAGUCCCCCCUAAUGUGUGAUCAUGGUGGGCUCCAAAUCACUAAUAAGUGCUCUCACUUUGGGGCAUUAGGAGCAACUAGCGGAGUACAAAUAUGUUCCACCGUUGGCUGGAGAUGUCCGUGCUGUUCUUGAUUCCUUUUAUUGGACCAGUUACUAAAAGCUCUAGACGAACCAAAUUCACCGAUGAACGUGACGUUUCUUGUCAAUAAAACAAGGUCCAUCAAGCUUCUAGUUGAUCCCCAGUCUCCGGUAUAUGGUGCUUACUUACCCCCUUAAAUCCUAUAUAAGCUUUGGGAGCUGGUAGCCGGACCUAGUCCACGAGAGCUUCAUGGAUAAUAUGGAGGCUUUGCAGUCGUUAGGCAGGGAGUCAAAUGUGCACUAUUUCUGAAGUGUUUUUAUGUAGUGGGUUUUUUCUCCCCUUUGUUUAUUUUGUUUUGUUAUGCCUCAAGGUUCGGAUUUAAUCUCCAUUGAUAUUAUUUUGUAUUUUACUUUUGUUUAAAAAAAAAAAAUGCUGCUGGUUCAUUGUAUUUAAAGCGUAACCUUUAAUGUAAUAUGCACACGUGCUCCCUACCACGAGCACCUACUAUAGCACUGUAGUCCAUUGUAAGGGUCAUUGUAAUUCUCCCCACCCCUAACCCAAAUAACUUAAACCAACAUCCUUUGCUGGAUGGGGAGUGGAAAAGAAUUCCUCUAGGGUGGAGCUCUCCCACUUCUGGCUCCGCAGGUGCUCUUCAGCUCUUGGAGAUUGCAGGGAGUUGACUGGCAGAGAGCUGGAGAGCUCUGCAGGGAAUAGGUCCGAUUUCUAAGAAAUGGUGGGCGCUUUCUGGCCUUGCUUUUCAUUCUUCUUCAUUGCAGUUGUAUAAAUAUAAUGUAUGUCUUCACUACGGAAUCAUUAAAUUCUGCUGAAUCUCAA